ACCUCUGUCACAGAUCCGAUCAUCCGACCGACCAACCAACCAACCGACCGACUGCACGCACAUUCACCAGCCAGCAUGGAAAAGGCCCAGAUAUUCUCAGACGUCUUCGAAGUGAGCGACAUGGAUCCUCAUGGCAAGAAGUUUGACCGAGUGUCGCGAGUUAUUGGCCAGAGUGAGAACAUCGAAAUGACCCUGACGUUGGAUGUCAACUGCGAGCUCUACCCGAUGAAAGUUGGCGAAAAGUUCACCUUUGUGCUGGCUCGGUCGCUCUCGCUGGACGGCUAUGCCGAUGACGCCAAGAAGGACUCUUGGCGGGACAAUGGAGCCCAGCGAUCCCUGGCCGAUGACUUUGACUAUGUCAUGUACGGAAAGGUCUACAAGUACGACGAUACCGCUGGUGCCAAAGUGUCGGUGUACGCUUCCUUUGGUGGACUUUUGAUGCAGCUCUCGGGCGACUACCGCCCCCUGCAGGAGAUCAACGUCGGCCAGAACCUGUACCUGUUGAUGCGCAAGUAGACGCGCAUGCCCAUUCCGCCUCUGGAUAUCUUCCGCCCUAUAUUUUGUUUGAAUCGACUUGAACACGCUCUGUAUGACCGCCGCUUCCUGAGCCCCGCUCCGCAUCGCAC